GUAGGCGGCAUGCCACCGGCAUCUCUGCGCCUUUGGCUGUAAUGUAAGCCGCCCGUCCCGCUGGGUUAGUGUGGAAGGGCUGGCGGCCGUCUCCUGUCUCCGGAACACGGGGGAGGGUAGGGGCUCCGAGCGACUGGUGAGAGAGAGGGGAGCAGGGAGCUGGAGCGGCUUUCAGAGUGAGGGGAGCCACUGAGAGCAGCAGGGACAGGAGGAGGGCCUACCGCCAUUGUUCAUGUCUGUCCGGGAACAAAGAGCUGGCCGAGCUGCGCACCGCUGUACGCCGUGGCUUCGGGCUGGGAGGACGGACCGCGGACGGCGAGCACGCGUCGGCGUCCCUGCACCUUCAUAAAUAAAUACAUACACAGAAAGUAAAACAGAAGGGAGGUUUCGGGUGGACGCUGCUGGAUCAGGCUAGGCACCGAGCGCCGUAAUCCCGCUUCUCCGCAGGCUGUUCCUCAAAGUCAUUCAAGCUGUACUCCCCAAAGGAGCCCCCGAACGGCACUGCCUUUCCACCCUUUCACCCAGGCAGCAUGCUGGACCGGGAUGUGGGUCCCACCCCAAUGUACCCUCCCGCAUAUCUGGAGCCGGGCUUGGGGAGGCACACGCCUUAUGGCAACCAGACAGACUGCAGGAUGUUUGAGCUCAACAAGAGGCUCCAGAACUGGACAGAGGAAUGUGAUAACCUGUGGUGGGACGCCUUCACGACAGAGUUCUUUGAGGACGAUGCCAUGCUGACCAUCACCUUCUGUUUGGAGGAUGGCCUAAAACGAUACACCAUUGGCAGGACGCUGAUCCCGCGUUAUUUCCGCAGCAUUUUUGAAGGCGGAGCCACUGAGCUCUACUAUGUCCUGAAACACCCCAAGGAGUCAUUUCACAACAGCUUUGUGUCUCUGGACUGUGACCAGUGCACCAUGGUGACACAGAAUGGCAAGCCUAUGUUCACGCAGGUGUGUGUGGAGGGCCGCCUGUACCUGGAGUUCAUGUUUGACGACAUGAUGAGGAUCAAGACGUGGCAUUUCAGCAUCCGCCAGCACAGAGAGAUAGUGCCCCGCAGUGUCCUGGCCAUGCACGCCCAGGAUCCUCAGAUGCUGGACCAGCUGUCUAAAAACAUCACGCGCUGUGGCUUGUCCAACUCCACGCUCAAUUACCUCCGGCUCUGUGUGAUCCUGGAGCCCAUGCAGGAGCUGAUGUCUCGACACAAGACGUACAGCCUGAGCCCCCGGGAUUGUUUGAAGACCUGCCUGUUCCAGAAAUGGCAGAGAAUGGUGGCCCCCCCAGCGGAGCCGGCCAGGCAGCCCCCCAGCAAGCGCAGGAAGCGUAAGAUGUCCGGGGGCAGCACUGUCAGUGGAGGAGGGGCGGCCAACAGCAACAGCGGCGGCAAGAAGAAGAGCCCAGGAGCCGGCUUCCCGCUCUCCAGCCAGGUACCUGACGUGAUGGUGGUGGGGGAGCCCACUCUGAUGGGGGGGGAGUUCGGGGACGAGGACGAGCGUCUGAUCACUCGGCUGGAGAACACGCAGUUUGACGCGGCCAACGGCAUCGACGACGAGGACAGUUUCAACAGCUCCCCCGCGCUGGGUGUCGGCAGCCCCUGGAACAGCAAGAACCCCUCCAGCCAGGAAAGCAAGAGUGACAAGCCCACGUCACAGGCGUCCCAGUAACUGGGAGCGCAGGGCCAUGUAGGGACAGCUCGGCAUAUUCUAUGACCUUCAGAAUCCUACUCGAGAAGUGGUGCUCAACUCCGCCUCCCCCCGCGUUCUGUCCAGUGGUCUCUCCCCAGUCGGCAUCGGGAAGUGUGAUGGGGACACGGGUGGCUUCCCCGCGAAAUGGUCUCGCCUCCAGUGGGUUUCGGAUGUUGAUUCUGGUCAUUAAUAUCUUCUGGCUGCGUGUGAUGAAUUCUUACUGCAGGUUCCUACUGACUCUGGGCACAUAGUAGUUUCGUAUAGAGCGGCCCCCUUCAGGCUGAUCUCAGACCUGUGAUUGGGCCUCUUUUAUGGAGCUGGCUCCCAUCAGGCUGAUCUCAGACCUGAGAUAGGGGCCUCUUGUAUGGAGCUGGCUCCCAUUAGGCUGAUCUCAGACCUGUGAUCGGGUCUCUCAUACGGAGCUGGCUCCCAUCAGCCUGAUCUCAGAGCUGUGGCAGGUUCUUGUUCCAACCCUGAGUGUUUGCUUCCUGUUGUCACCAUGGGGCUGAUGCCUGCCCUCCCCCCCACCUGUUUUCUUAUGCAUUUGAAAGAAUUGUGUGCAACUUUAGGGUACGGACGUUCAGUUUUUAAAAAUCCAAUUAUUUGUUUUGUAGGACCUGGUUGGAACAAAAACCUGUACAGGGGCGGAGCUUGAGGACCGGAGUUGAGCAGCACUGCCUUAAAUGUUAGAAAUUGGCGUGAGCAGUAGCGUGUUCAGGUGCCGGUUCGCUACCUGCCUCCACUCCAUUCCGGACUCGUUACACACGGCGUGCAGGGAAGUGGGUUCAUUCCUUAUGUCUUAUUGCUUUCUUAUUUUUGUAACUCUUUUUAAAAGAAUCCAACAAGCGGACAAAAAAAUACCCCUCUUAAUAUUCUUUGCACUGUUUUGCUGUAUCAUUAAUCUAUUUUCCUAUGAAUUUUUUUUUUUUUCCUUUUUAGUCCCGAUUGUUAAAUCGUGGAACAUUAGCGACUUCUAACUGGAAAAUAAAACUAUAUAAAUAUGUAACUCUUAAUGCGAGGAUUUUGUAUCAUGAUUAUGUUGUUGUUCCUGUUGUUAUUGUUGUUAUCAUUUUGCAGUAGCUUGUCAAUACUCAGAUGUAAAUGUGCCCCCUCCCCCCCCGCCUCCUAGUUGGGAUUUCCUGCUGCUUCAGUUCGGCUCUGGUUUGGACCGGCUGACGUUGCCAUAGCUACGGACAGCCCGGUGUCGGGGUGGGCUGUCUCUCUGGUCUGUGUAGCAGAAUGAUGGCCAGGUAUCGCUACCGUGUUCAUUGGAAUUUUAGUGUGCUGCUCACGGGAGUUUUUCUUACACAGAAAGGUUCUGAGGGCUGAAGGAACAAUGAUUGGUUCAAAGAGAUAUCCAAAUUUAGUUGUAGAAGAGGUGGGUCCAAGCAACUAGAGGAGGCGGGACCAGGACAUCUGAUUGGUUGGUUCCACCUCCUCUAGUAGCUUCUACCCACCUCCUUUACAAUUUAAUUGGUUAUCUCUCUGAACCAGUCAUUGUUCCUUCUGCCCUCAGAACAUUUGUGUGUUAGUAAAACUCCCAUGAGCUGCCUGUAAGUGCACCCUACACACAGCAGCAUAAAUGGCUGCCUAGUUGCCUCCUUCAUGACACUUUCCUGUUAUCCUGUUUGUUUCUUCAGUCUCCUGAGAGCCCCUUACAUUACUUAGGACAUCCUGAUGCUGUGUGUGUAUAUUUAUUGUUUUUUUUAGUACUGUAACUCACUGUGUUUCUGCAUAGAGUGCCGCGGCCCCUCUGUACCACCAGGAAGGCGGCGCAAGGGUGCAGCCCCUGUUCAUGUUGUAUGUUUAACAUCUGUUUAAUCAGCCCUUUACAUGUAUCGUUCUGUAUGUAUCUGGGUUUUCUGUGUCACUGGUUUAGCAAUUUUUCCUUAUUAGGGACCUUGUCUGCUACUUGGCCCAGAGUAUUUUGAAUAUCAUGUCCAUGUAAGCAUCGAUGUACAUUAGCAUUUUUAUUUUUGAGUUUUUGCAAUAAUUAACUCAAGUCUUUGUUCACUUCUUUGUAAGUUAAUUGUAUGCGGGCGGUGCACUGUUCCAUCUGGUGAGUACUGCAGCAGAACACCAGAGGGCACAUAAAACCCAGCCUGCGGAUGCAAAUAUUUAUGGGUCGCUGAAUUCAGAGGAAUAAUCUCACCUGUGUUUGAGACUCUUUUACAGAGUGCUGAGUUUCCCUUUUCCAAAUGUGUAGGUAUUAUUGUACCACAUUUUAAGCUGAAACUGCCCUUUGCUAUAGUCUAUUAUUUUGCUUAGGUUCUGCCAUUGGUAAUUUAUGUAUGGUACCAAUAAAUAUUUCCCUUUUACUACA